AUGCCUCCGCGCCGCCGCCCCGCCUCUGGCUACCACGGCGUUCGGGCGCGGCCGAGCGGCCGAUUCGACGCGGAAAUCCGUUUCGGCGAGGAGCGGAUCUGCCUCGGCACGUUCGACACGGCGCGGGCGUACGACGCCGUCGCGUGGCGGCUGGGCCGCUCCCGCCGCGCAAUGAACUUCCACGACGUGUUCACGCGGGAGCAGGCGGAGAUGCUCGCGCCGCCACCGCCGCGCGACGAGGCGCUUCGCCUUGAAUGGGCGCGCCGCUUCCCCGAGGACGUCGCCGCCACGGCGGCCUUCUACGCGGAGAAGGAGCAGAAGGAGGAGGAGAAGGCGGCGGCGAAGGCGAAGAAAAAAGCUAGCCGCGACAAGCGCCGCGCCAAGUCCGCGGCGAGGAAGGCGGCGAGGAAGGAGGAGGAAAAGAAGAACGGCACAGGGCCGUCGACCAUCGUCCUCUCCUCCUCCUCCUCCUCCUCCUCCUCCUUCGAGUGGACGAUGACGCCGGUGUCGGAGACAACUCCGAGCAGCUCGGACUUCGAUUGGGAGUCGGACGAGUAG